AUGAACAUGUUGGACGUUGAAGACGACGGCCUCUACGUCACACUUGAAGGCUACUCCCAUCUGAGUGACUCAGAAUGGGAGAUAGUCGGCCGCAUGAGUGUGCUCGUGGGCUCAACCGCCAUCAGUGGCAUGUUGGAGUCUUUAAACAGAGACAAGCAACGUGCCGACAUCAACAAGUUCCUACAAGGGUAA